AUGAACCGCAGCGAACAACAAAUUAAGCCAUUUAUCGAACUCUUACGUAGCGAAUACUCCAACAAUGCGCACAAAUUGAAGGAUGUAGCUCAGUUUGAACGCGAUUAUCGUCCUGAAUCAGCAGUUUGGUGGUAUACUCGUGAACCAUUUAUCUACCAAAAGUUGAAUUGGGCGCUAAGAACUUUAGAUGCCACAAUAAUUUUGAAAUUAAGUUUUAUCCUAUGUGACUUACACCGACAAAUUGAAACAUUACAUCAGAAACAGAGUGGAUUUCGAAAAACUACAAAAAAAAACAAGGGCGGUCUAUUAUCCUUUAAUAAUUUCUUAUCAACUACAAGUGACCUCGAUGUGUCUCUUGAUUUUGCCGAAAGUGCUUCAGUAAACCCAGAUAUAGUUUGCGUUCUUUUUCAAAUGUCAAUCGACACCCGGAUUACAACAACUUCAUUUGUUUCUAUCCGUGAAUUUAGUGAGUUCAUAGAUGAGAAUGAAAUCCUUUUCUCCAUGCAUACCGUAUUUCGUAUUGUCGAUGUCUUCAAAGUCGAAACAGAUCAUCCACUUUAUAAUGUAAAUCUUGAACUGACCUCUGAAGAUGAUUCAUCACUUACUAAACUUAGAGAACAUUUCACAAAAAAAACUGAGGACGAACCUGGAUGGACACGCUUGGCACGACUACUUCUCCAAUUAGAUCAUUUUGAUGAAGCCGAACAACUAUGUAAUGAUUUACUACAGCAACACAAAGCAUCAAUAGUCACCAAAGCUUCUCUAUACAAUAUUAUCGGAUUCUCGAAAGCUGAACGCGGAGAGCUUGAUGUGACUCUUUCAUUUUACCAUAAAACCUUAGAAAUUUUUCGUAUCACUCUUUUAAAAUGGGCAUCAAACAAUGGGUGA